UACAGAUUAUGACGCGUUUUGAAGAAGAGAAGAACGCAGCCGAUAAUAAUUUGUCAACAACAAUACAACUUGUUUUAGCUAAUUUAACAAGACAACCAAUGCCAAGGAGCUAUGAAUUAAUAAAUACUCGAGGAUAUACUUCAGGGAGACUCGGGAGCACCUGGUGUACUCGGGGCAAUAGGAGAAGUUGGAAUGAAAGGAAUGAAAGGAAAUUCUGGACCAAGAGGACCAACUGGACCUCCAGGCCAACCAGGAGUACAAGGAACUUCAGGACCUAGAGGAAAUCCAGGCCCUGUGGGAGAAGCUGGUUCCACAGGACCACCUGGCCAUGGGUUAUCAGGAGAACAGGGACUACUUAAAUACACAUUUGUUGCUCCAAAGAUGAAAGAGGAUUUGAAGUUAUACAAUGACAUGAAUGAAUUGAUUAAAAAUGCAUGUAGAUGAGACCCUGUAUCUACAGUACAUGUAACUGGAACUGUAGGAAGUAUUCCAAAGUCUGAUUGCAAAGUAUGCAUUACAGGAUUCUAUCAUUGGAGCAACAUCUUAGGAGGAUAAGUGGAAAUGUAUGAAGGAAUCCUUCAAAUACAAAUAUCAAUUAUAUGCAGAAGUGGACUCUUAAACUUUAUUAACAGACAUGGUAGUCAAGAAAUUUAUACCAUUACCAACUGGAAUUAACUAUUGUGUUUAUUUUUUCAACCAUAAGUACUUUCAGAAUACAAUACAAUUCAAAUUCAGAUUAUUGUGUGAACAUACAAAAAUGUACAAGUUACAUUUAAAAAAAAUGAAAAUGCAUAUAUCAUGUACACGAUGUAUUGAAAAUGAAUUUUAUAUAAAAAAUGGAGUAACAAAAAUGUUUAACUUUAUAUUGUGCAGCCAAACUUUGAAAUCUUUAAAUGGUAUAUAGAUGCCUGUUAUUUGUCAACAUUUUGCCUUCACCUUAAGAUCAGUGUCAAAUGAGAAAGCUAUUUUGCAUAUAUGAAAAAAGAAGUAGAUGGUUGUAAAUUAGAGACUUUCAAUUUGGUACAUUUGUAUAUCAGCUAGCCUUUGUUUCAUAGAACUUUCUAUUUUAGUUUAUUAGUACAAUGAGAUAUGAGGUAUACACAGCUACUUUUGUAUAGGUACUAUUUCUGUACUAAAAAUAUGUAGUACUGGAAAUUUACUUUUAAUUUUUAGCACUAUUUCUUUACUUUAAAAUUAUUGUAAUAUUUGGGUACUUGUAUUUUACAGUACUUGAUUUGUACUAAAUAUUUUGGUACAGACAUGAUACAAUAUUCCAUGUUUGAAAAUCAUAAUUUUAAGAGAUUUGAAAUAGAAAAACUUUCAAAAUGCUGAAAAUGUAACAGUAAUAACCAAAAAUCUGUAGUACCUAAAUUUCCAGUACAAAUUAAGUACUGUAAAAUACAGGUACGUAAAUAUUAUAAUAAUUUUAAAGUAAUAAAAUAGUACCGAAUUUUAAAAGUAAAUUUCCAGUACUACAUAUUUUUAGUACAGAAAUAGUGCCUAUGCAAAAGUAGCUGUGUUUAUCAAUCUGAUUAUCAGACAGCAAUAACACAACAAAAAACCCUGAAAGGCAUUUAGCUAUAGGUGCUAACAUGCAGUCCUCAACAAAAGCCAGGUGUCUAAAAGAUAUGCCAUGAUAUAUUGAAUUGACCAGAGACUAUAAACAAUUACAAUAUGAGUCAAAAUAGAGCUGCCAUCAAAACCAAAUUCUUUAAAUAAUUUUCUUUUAAUAAAUAUGAGAGUAUAGACAACCACUGAAAAGGUUUCUGACUAUAAAUGGGUACAUGAAUUUGUGGUGAGGUGAACUAGUUAUUUCUUCAAAACCAUAUAAAAAAAUUGGCAUCUUUCGCAAAUAGUUCUUAUCCAGAAUAUGAUUAGUUUGUAUCAUAACUGAUGACCACAUAUUAUGACUUUACAUAUAUGUAUACAUUUGAACAUGAUAUAAAUCGUUUCUAAUGUUAUAGUACAUGUAGUACAUCAGUGCAAAUAUCUUCUUUAAAUGGCCACAAUCCAUAAAUCAUUUACAGUUUUGUUUUAGACAAAAAAAAAUGUGGAUACAAAGAAAAUAAAAUAGAAUGGAAGCAUGAACACAUGACCAAGAAGAAAAUUUUUCAUGCUUAUAUAUGUAUCAAAACAGAAUUUGUAUUAGAUUAGAAUUGACUUGCAUGAAGAAGCUCAAAUCCUGUGAAAUUUGUGUUAUUACGGCUGAAUUCACUUUAAUUUCAUUUAAAAAGAAGAAGCUCGGUUCAUGUUAAUUUCACGUGAAAAGUUCACGUGAAUUUCACGUGAAGGCUCAAUUCACGUGAAUUUCACAUGAAAAAUUUAACGUGAAUUUCACGUGAAUCAGAUAUUUCACGUGAAAUUCACGUGAAUUAAGCUUUCACGUGAAAUUCACGUAAAUUUUUCAUGUGAAAUUCACGUGAAA